AUGGCAUCCAGUGUACUUUUGCUUAUUCAUUUAAUUAGGUCUAAUCUUUUUGUUUCUCAUCAGGAUCCUUUUGAUGGAGAAGAAUUUGUUGAACGAUUAGCAUGGCGUGUAAAUGCCAGCAUAUCACCACCUGGAACAAAUGAUGCUAGUUUCAAUCCAGAUCUUUUACAUGAAGCCUUUACUCAGGCAAUCAAAGAUCUACAAAUACUGGAUGAGAGAACAGCCAAAAAGUGUGAGCGAUUAGAAGCUGCUGUAAAAGAUGAAGAAGUUAGACAUUGGCAUAAUAUUGCACAACUCCUUGAUAACAAUAGGGAAGCAUUUCAGAGCUUUCAGGACUUAGACAGUCACAUUAAUAGUGUAGCUACAAAAGUGGUCCAUCUUGGAGAUCAGCUGGAGAGUGUCAAUACCCCAAGAUCACGAGCUGUGGAGGCCCAGAGACUCAUGAAUCACUUCAGGGAGUUUCUUUUACCGGGACCAUUAGUUUCAGAGGUGUUUACAGACAAAACCAAGAUAUAUGAAGCAGCUGAUGUUAUUCAGAAGUUACAUCUGAUUGCCCAGGAGCUUCCAUCUGGAAAAUUUGAGAAUGCAAAGCAAAAAAUAUCAGAGAAAUAUGAUGAGAUUGAGAGGUCACUCAUCAUGGAAUUCGUCAAAGCUCAUCGUGCUGGGGACAAGGAACGAAUGAAAGAAAUUGCUGCUAUUCUGUCACAUUUUAAGGGCUAUUCACAGUGUGUUGAUGCAUUUAUAGAGGAGGCUCAGCAUGGUGCUCUACGAUCCCGAGACCUAUAUGGUGAGGUGGUUCCUCUCUGUAGUAGGUCAGAGGUAGUCAUUCAAGAGGUCUUCACAAACCCCGAUCAGGUUAUGGGGAAGUUUGUAUUGAAUAUAUUCCAGGGUCAACUUCAGGAAUACGUCCAGUCAAGAUUAGACAACAAAAGUGUUCCAGAAGUGUACCUGAAGAAUCUUCAUGACCUAUACUGUCAGACGCUUAAACUGUGUACAGAUCUACAACGAUUCAAUUUAGGCAAUGAUUCUCAGUUUUUGUCUAAACUUACCAAGUCGAUCUUCCAACGUCACUUACAUUCGUAUAUUAGCGUUGAGACAAGAUAUCUUCGGGAAAAGUUUAACCUUAUUUUGAAUCGAUAUUAUGAGUCAAAAGGACACCAGAAGAAAAACAUCCAGUCUGGAGGCAUUAAUGAUAUAAGGCGGAAUCUCCAAGAUGUUAUUGGCACUAAAGCAAACAUCAACAUUGGUCCAGCUGCAGAAAACUAUGGUGGAGAAACUUUUUUGUCUGAAGAAGUUGUGAUAUCUCUUUUACAAGAAACAAAGCAAGCCUUCAAAAGAUGUCAAAUGCUCUCCACACAGUCAGAUGUCCACAAUAAUGCUGUUCAGAUAUUUGACCUUUUAACCAAAGCCAUGCUGAAUGAACAUGUUGAUUAUGCUAUUGAACUUGGACUACAGGUGAUCCCAGGAGGAGAAGUUCGAUUGGCACCAGAAAUUAGUUUCUUUGAAGUGGUUCAUCAGAGCAGCUCCAUGAUGAAUCUACUGGACAAAUUGUUCAGUGAUAGCCUUGUCCCGCUUGUUAUAUCUACCCCAAAACAUGGAGACUGUAUACAAAAGAAAAAACAGUUAGGAUUGUCGUUAGAACAGAAACUGGAUCUGGGCUUAGAUCGAACUUUAUCUGCAAUUACUAGUUAUGUACGUCAUGUGCUAACAGUUGAGCAGAAACGAACAGACUUCAAACCAGAUGAUGAAGACAUCCUUAUGGCAAAUGUAACAACAGCAUGCCAGAGAGUUGUACGGUGGAUUAGUGUUGUAGCAGAACGUGUAAGGGAUUCCCUAGAUGGACAAAACUUAGAAAGUGUGUUACUGGAACUUGGCAUUAGAUUGCAUCGUACAGUAUUAGAGCACCUCAUGAAAUUUGAAUACAGUUCAAUAGGAGCAAUGACGGUAAUCUGUGAUGUCAAUGAGUAUAGAAAGUGUGUUGCAAGCUUCAAAAUUCCACUUGUUAACUCAUUGUUUGAUACUUUACACACAUUAUGUAAAUUACUUCAAGUUUCUCCGGAGAAUCUCAAGGUGGUUUGCUCAGGGGACCAACUGAGUGGUCUCGAUCGAACAGUCUUAGCCAAUUUCAUUCAGCUUCGUUCUGAUUUCAAGACUGCCAAGCUAGGUAAUCAGCUGAAAUAAUUAGAAAAAAGAAUUAGCUGGAACGGUUGUUAAUGAUGCAGAUUUCUACUGUAAUUAGGAAUGUACAGUAUACUAUAAUUUAUAUUGACACUGUAAAAACUAUUUUGAGCUGUUAACCAUAUGUGCCUCUGUUGGUCUCAUUCAUUCGCAUCCUGGAAACGACUUACCUUAAAUGGAAGAGCAUCUCCUCAAGAACAUUAGGUGCUGAAGGUUGUCACAAAAGUUGCCUACAUUCCAUGAACACCCCCACCCCCCAUACAGCCGGUUGUUGUUGAUGUACAUAGAGAAAAGGUUUUUGUAUAUAGAUUUUAAAUCAAUUAUUUUCCCCCUAAUUUGCAUUUAAUGUUUUAUAAGUGUUAGUGUCAUAUUUUGUUGUUUACUUUACAACCCUUAUAAUGUAGAUCCUAAAGUUUUGAUGUUGAUGAAUUCUUUUUAGAUGUUCCAGAUUCACCAUUCUAGUUUGCAGCUUAGCCACAAUUUAAUAUAGUCACAAUUGUUAAAGCUAGUAAGUGCAGUUACAAAGGAUUGGUCAAUUAAUAUUGACACCCUUAAUGUGUUUGGAAAAUAUUAAAUUCAUAAAAAGAUAAUACAAAGGAACAAGCAUAGAAUUAUGCCUCUAAUGCUGGUUAGCUUAGAAUUUUCUUGUUUCCACUGGAGUAUUGAAGAAAUUAUAUUCAGAAUACCAAAAAUAGAAAAUUAAAUUAUUAGAGAUAAUACAUUUGACACGAAUAUACAGUAUUUAAUAUCAUCAGCCAUAUUGACAGUUGUGAUUUUCUGGGAAAAAUAUUGAUGAGUUGUAUUCUUUAUUUUUACACAUAUAAUGGGUUGUGUAUAAACUUAUUAGUUAUUCAGUGUUUUAGUUGUAUGUGAAGACAUUUUGAUGAUGCGAUGUUAUUCAUAAAUUUUGUUGUCUUCCUUAACUGUAAGUUAUCUGGGAGAUUUGUUGCAUUUCCAUGUUGUUUACGGCAUUAAUGAAAUCAAAGGAAAGAUUGGUAGCUUUUUUUCCAAGGGAUCUAGAAAAAUUGGUUGUCUAUGUUUUCUUAUAUUUUUUUGGUAGUUUCAGAAUUACAGUAACUUUAGAUGGAUUUUCUCUAAUCUUAUUUGUCAUUUCAUCAUUUUAAGAAAAGGUUUUAACAAACUCAAAUGUACAGUAUUUUGAAUUAAAAAACCUCAUUAGAAUUCACAUAGGUAUAUAAGGACCAAUUCUAAAGGCUAGUCAUCAUACUUAUAAAACUUUCAUGUUCUGUAGCCAACUAACAUUGUGUGAAAAAAUAUUCAGUAUACUAAACAAUGCUCUUGAAAUAUUUAUUACUGUAUUUAUGUAAGAGAUCCCAGUUACAUUGUUUUUAGCUACUAAAGCAGGAAAGGAACUUGUUAAAAGCAUUACUUUAUGACUUUGCACUAGAAUUUUAAAUAGUGCAUUUCUUUAUGACUGUACUAGAAUUGUUAAACAGUGUGUUUCGGUUUUUUAAUAAUAUGGAAUAUAUACAAGGGAACUGAUGAAUGCACCUAAUAAUUUAUGUCUGGAUUUUGUAAGCAUAGUGUGAAGUGUACAGUCUUGAAAAAUAUUUUAUGUUAGUAUGGUUCAACUAUUUGCUUUGUAGUGUCAUUAAUAUUUUAAGCAGACAACUGAGUUAACAAUGUAUUGAUGGUGGUAAUGUCUUGAGGAAAUGAAUGAUCUGUUUUGAGGUAAAAUUUUCUAAUUUUCUAAGGCUAUUUUAGUAUUUUUAUGCAGAUAAAUGUUUAAUAUGUCAGAGUAUUCAUGCUCAAGACUGUAGAACUUUAGAUUAAAUCAAAAUUUGUGUUAACUAGUCAUGGAACUUGUUAAUGGUAUACAGUACAAUGAGUAGUCUUAAUUUGUUUUCUAAGUUUAGUGAAUUAGUUAUAUUUGAAAGUAUUUUUAUAAUCACAGGUGCUUUAUAGACAAACAUAACAACUGUUAAUAUGGCUGAUCAUUAUACCUUGCUUCCAUCAUGUUUCACAUUUUGAAAAAGGAGUAGUGUGUCAUUAUUGAUAUUUAAAAGGCUCAGAAAAGACAUUUACCUGCAGUACACAUGAAGCUGAACUUUGAGAUAUAUCCUGUAAUUAGUAGAUGUCACAUUUCAUUUUGGAUUGUUUUAUUAUAAGUAUAUUUCUAUCAUUCUCUUAGGUUUAUAAAAGUUUAUUACCUUGUGUCACAAAUCAGGUGUCAUUUAAUUGGCCAUAAGCCAAGAGAUAUUUUUGUCCUUGUAUGUACUAUCCUUGAAAAAUGAAUUAUACAGUAUAGUCCUAUUUAUUGUACAGUAAAUAUAUCUUUAUGUAUUAAAUUUUAUAUAACAUUCUCCCUAUCUAUUCUCCUUUUUGUAAAGAAACUGAAGUAUACCUUAUGAAUAA